GACCCAAACGAACGGUACAACUGAGAGCGAACAAAACACGAGCUGCUGGACUGCUGGCAAGUCGCAGAAAGCACACCAUAGGCCUAGAUUCUAAUUGCUUACAAUUCUUGAGAUAAAAGGAGCGGGGAAAAGGCAACAGGAGAUCCUCAUUACAAGAUAAACUAGAGGUACAUCAGCCUGAUAGUGACAGCCAUGUCGAUUGUACAGCACCUGAGAAUGUUGAGCCCCUUCAGUGUCUCGGGAGCUCGGUUUAUUUCAACCCACGCCGUGCACCUGAUGCAACAAAUAGCGAGACGCAAAAACGUGUUGCCUUAUUGUGCGGUGGGCAUUUUCAAGAGAAAUGUGUCUUAUUCUCGCUCUCUAUGGUAUGAGACAUCUGUUGUAGAGGAUACUGAGCGACAGGCACAUGCUAAUUUGAAAUCAGAUGCCGAGAAAAUGUUCAAAUACAGCAUCAAGUCGGUGCACCCACAGCAGAUGAUAGAGGGUGUGCUUCACUUCAACCGCGCUACCUCCGUUUUGCGUGUGCAGCAGGAGACGUACCACCUGCAUCGAAAUGUGUUUGUGGUGGGCAUGGGGAAAGCUGUGCUGGGAAUGGCCAAAGCUGUGGAGGAUGUGCUUGGGGACCACAUAGUCACUGGCAUCAUCAGUAUCCCAAGGGGCUUGCAGGAGGAGAUGAUCCACACCAACAACAGGGAGAUGAUGCUGUCUCCGAAUACUAAGAUUUUGGUGUAUGAGGGUGCUGACAACAAUGAAGUGGAUGAAGCCUCUCACAAUGCCAGCAAAGCCAUUCUCAGCUUAGUGAACAAGCUCACGGAGAAGGACUUGCUUGUCGUUUUGUGCUCAGGUGGUGGGUCUACCCUGUGUCCAUCCCCUCCCCCCGCCAUCUCACUCCAGGAGCUACUCACUGUCACCCGACUUCUGGCUUGGAACGGGGCCACUGUUCAAGAUAUGAACACCAUAAGGAAAAAUCUGGAAAUCCUUAAGGGAGGCGGACUUGCCCUGCAAGCUCGACCUGCUAAGGUUGUUUCCCUUAUCUUGUCUUCUAUCAUUGGUGACCCUAUUGACCUGAUCGCCAGCGGACCCACCUACCCGACACAACCAACUCCGAGUCACUGCCUGGAGAUACUGCAGCGUCUUAACCUUUUGAGCCGCACACCGGAAAGCGUUCGCAGAUACCUGGAGAGAGAAGCAAAACAGCAGAACAGAACUACCCAAGACAAGCAAGUCACAAUGUCAAACAAUGGAACACCACAAGUUAGAGAAAUAUGGAAGGGCUUGCAGAAUAUUGUUGUAGGCAACAAUUCUAUUGCCUGUGAGGCGGCCGCAGAGAAAGCGGCACAGAUGGGAUAUCGUCCGGUCAUUCUGACAAAGUUUUUGGUUGGGGAGGCCAGAGAGGUGGGUAAGCUGUAUGCCCGACUUGGUGAGUACAUCAUGAUGUGCUUUGACCGGAAAGCUUCACAGCAACCAAAUACAGAACUAACUCAGUUGGAGCUGGAGUUGGUGGCAGGUGGACUGAGGAAGCAAUCAAUAAACCACAUUGCUGAUGAAGUUGACACUGCACAUAAUCUGAACAAAGACAUCUGUGUCAUUGCUAGCGGGGAAACGGUAGUCCAUGUGGAGGGCACCGGAACCGGCGGCAAGAACCAGGAGACGGCACUUGCAGCUGCCAUACAGAUGAAAGAAGCGUUUCGAGGUGAGGAGUGUUUCCAGUCAGAGACGGACAUGUGUGUGCUGAGUUGUGACUCGGAUGGCUAUGAUGGACAGAGUCCUGUGGCUGGUGCUGUGGUGGACCAGGACUUAGUGGACCGGACACUGGAAAGUGGACUCAGCAUGGAGGCGUAUUUGGCUAACAACGACAGCAAUACGUUCUUCAGCACAGUGAACGAGGGCCAGAAUUUGGUGUGGACAAACAUAACUGGGACCAACGUAAUGGACAUGGUCAUUUUGCUGGUGAGAAAACCAUCGGACAGAAAGUUCAAGUGGAAUUGAAAUAUAUGCAAAAAGAAAAGAAAAAAUACACAUGUAUGUGUACUCAAACUCUAAUAAUACAGAGGCCAAUAUAAACCAAUGAUGGGGAACUAGACAGAGAACCUCAAAAAAGUAUGGUUGAUUGUGCAUUAAUGCAUUUCGAUGGCUGGAUUCAAAACUCCAACAAACAACAAAUUGCAUAAUAAUAGCAUUUGUCGGAGUCUUGGAUCAGCCAUUGGUUCGAAUUAAAGAAAAUUCUGUGAACCAGUGGGGAAGAAGAAGACAAACAGAUGGAUAAAAAACAGCAUAAUGUUGUAGGUAACACUGUUGGUCGGAAAAUACAAAGUAAAUUGCAAUAAAAACUUUGGAGUAUAUUUUUUGUACAAGGUAUAGUAUAGUAUGUAUAUAAAUCUGGAAGCAAAUAUUUUAAUAAUCUGCACUCACUUUGUGAUUUUAAACUAAUUCCUACCUCUGCUUGCUAAUUAUACUCAGAGAUUUUAAUGCAAUUGUAUUUGAAAUUUUGUUUAUCUCCUUUGAUUAUGUUCUUCUGAUCUGUUGAAAGGAGUUUCUAUUGAUGUUUAUCCUAUUCAUUCCUUCGCUUUAUGGAGAAAUUGAAGAUGAAAUUUGCAUAAGCUUUCAGAAGCUUCUAACAAUAUUGUAUUUAUGCUUAGUUUAAUGCAUCCCUUUUUUGAGGAAGAUUCUCGAAAUUAAAGCUCAAAUGAUAUAUAUGCUGAUUUAAUGUGUGAAUGUUUCCUUUUUGGAACAUACUCUUAUGUCAAUUUAUAUUUGAAUUCAUAAAAUGUUGCUGUAUUUUUGUGUCCUUUGUCUUUCAAAGCAAUAGUGAAGUGCACAAUCUGAGAAACUAUUCUCGUAAUCCCACAUCGAUAAGUAAAUUCUAUGCAGAGCUAUGCUUGAUAUGUAUAAAUGCUUAUUCUCACCCAGAUUCGUUCUUUUACUGAAGCCGGGAAAGAGAUUGUGGUCUGUGCUUCUUUUUGCUUGAGAAUGUUGCCAACAAUAAGAAUAGAUCCAUAUUUUCUGAUGCUGUUUGGAAGGGAGAACCACACUCAGUGGUGGUGUCAUUUUAUGAUUCAGAAAGUUAAUAUCCUUUACGAUUAUACUUUUCAUACGUCACCACUCACUCUCUAUCACAGACGUGGUCUCAGACCUCUGUGCUGCUCUACUCCUGGUAUUUUUACACUUGUACAGAUAGAUAAUGAAUACAAAGGCUCAUUAACAUGGACUGUGACAACACACAAACUGUCAAUGUUGCAGAAGAGAACACAUUUGCACACCCUGUUACUUUCCAACAUAGGCACACGUUUGUGCACUCUUCGAUCCUUGAUUGCCCUGUUACAAUUUCUUUAUCUCUCAAUAUCAUCUGCAACACCAUUAAUUGUUGGCAGAAGACAGGAAUUGUAACAGCACCUAGUGUAUAAAAGCUGUAAUGGAGUCGUAUGAUAUAUUAUCACAUGGCAAGUUUGCAGGGGAGUCUGGAAAUGACUUGGUCUGUCAUUAGCCCCUAAGCAGUGAUUAAGUAAUGUGCAUGCCUAGCAGGGAAGCUCUGUCUAAGAAUGAAUAAUUCAGUUCAAAGGCAGAGCGAUGAUACAGCAUAUUUCACGAUUCUGAGAAAAAUACGAAAAACUUUUGAUGCUUGUUAUAAAGAUUAAUCACUUAAGUGGUUUUACCACUUUGAAAGCUUCUAUUUUGGAAUCGGAUGUAUCAUCCUACCUUUAACACAAGAAGGACAUAAGCUAGACAAGACUAGUGUAACAGUCCAAUAAAACUAAAGAUUUUGUCAGAUACGCCACUCUGCCUUGGGAGGGGAACAUUUCAUGGCUGUGUCAUAACAAGGCUAAAGCCCCGGUUACACGUAACGAUAAAUUGUACAAAAACUGGACGAUCUUGCGAUCAUAUGAUAAAUCGUUAGGUGUAACCACAAAAUUGUACAAAUUUGGAUGAUUGAGCGAUGGUUUGGAGACUUGGUUGAGAAAUCAAGCGCUGCUUGAUAUUUUCAGUGCGAUCAGUCAGAUUCGAAGGAGACGCGCUGUGACGUAGGUUCACUUUGAAAUUUGCUGCCGUUCAGAAAUAAACUCAGGGCUCAAAUGUUUAAAAAAUAUUUAUUGGAGGUAGAAAUGGAUUUUAUAUUCGGAAUCAGCUUCUCAUAAUGAAGCAAAGUUGUUCGCGAAGAACCUGAUUUGGUGCGUUAUUAUGUAUAUUUUAGCAAUUUCAUUAUUUAGUUUAUUGUCAAUGUUGAAGCUGUGCGUUGCACAUCUGCAGUCAAAUCAAAGCUUCUACUUCUACACACAUCACUGUACAGUAUGGCCACCUUUUUCUAAAGACACUGUUCUGCUAUAUCAAAAUGCGCAGGGGAGGGGGGGGGGGCUCUCGUGAUCUAGUGGUACAGUGUUCGACUUUCAUUCAUUAGGUCCAGAGCUCAAAUUCACAUAGAGUGCAGGCAAAUCACGGUCAUUGCAAAGAGACAUGGUGGCUUAUGACGAGGAAUCUCAUCGAUUGAAAGAAACCUAGACAAUAGAUUGGAACGUGUAAACAAACAACAUAGUUCAAUAAAACGGACAGUUUUCUCAUACGACGAAUCUGAUACAAUUUAUCAUUGCGUGUAACCGGGGCUUUACUGUAACCAACAGGAUAUUUCUUUACUUCAUACUUUGUGCAUUUCACUAUUUAUUUGUUAUCAGAAGAUGAGCUCAUUAAAACUUGAUAUUUGGGAAAGUAUUUUUCAUAGUUAUUUAGUUUGGUUCAUUCAGUGUUUAGUGUAUACUCCAAAAUGACCUUGCUAUGAAAAACUUUGGUUUAGCAAUAUUGUUUUUUUUAGAAUAAAUCAUCUUUGUUUUUGUAUUACUGUAAAUUUCGGGCUGUUGAGCACACCUGUAUAAAAGCCACACCCACAAAAUUGUUUUUUAAUCUAAACUUUUUUUUCCUAAAUAAAGCUGCACUGGUUUAUAAGCCGCAGCAGAAUAUGCAACUCAAGUAUGUCCAUCACAUUUAUUUAGUGUCAUCAUUAUCGUGUCGGCUGAUUCAGCUGAAAUCUUCUUCCUCAGUCUUGGAGUUGAACAGAUCGAGUAGUGUCUGUUGGACUGCGUUUCUUAGGCGUAUGCUAAAGUGUGGUGUUAAGGAAAAUAUGUCAACUUUUUUAUGUUUUAGAUGUAUGGUACGAAUAGACAAGGGAGGGACGCUCCUGCAAUCAGGAAAAUCCGCAAGUAAGCUGCAUCAUUGUUUAAGCCGCAGCAGGGUUUAAAGCUCAGGAAAAAAAGUCGCUGCUUAUAGCAAGAGCUGUACAGUAACUUUUUCGUGCUUAUUAUAUUAUUUAACGUCAGUAUUUAACAUAUGCUCAGGUCCAGUUGUGUUCAGAGUAAAGGUAUUGAUCAAAACCUUAAAGCAAAGAAGAGUUAACAUUUAUAGGGACUUUUGGUUUGUUUUGGGUUUUUAAAUUUUUUUUUGUUGCCCAUAGCUUUUUGUCUGCUUUUUCUCUUCUUGUUGUCAUGCCCUUUUACAUCCUUUUUUGUCACUCACUUCCUGUAGAUUAGUUUAGAACUUUUGAUGUGGCCUCCAACCUGGAAGGGACCAGCCAUGUCCUCAUAUGUGUUCCUAUGUUAGUUCGCAGGGGUAGUCAACUGCUGGUUCUUCAAACUGCAGUGCAACUGAUUUUUACAUAUGUGACAGUUUUUUCUACUUCAUAGGGCCCUUUGCUUUCAGGCAGCCACAUUCCAAUUUUGAAGGUACUCUAUAUUUUUUUAUACUGACAAGAGUAUUUUCAGUUUUCGUAGGAAUUAAUUUCGAAUUUUGCUCGGAUGGCUGCAGAGCCUACUCUAAUGGAUUUUAGGACCACCAAGGGAUCUUUGACAUGUGCAGCUUGCACACCAGACCUCUUGAGAUUUUUUGCCCUAAUCCAAGAAGGCUAGGUUUUUUUUUUAUCUUACCCACCGUAAAAUCAGGGGUAUAGCUGAAAGACAGCUGUAAAAAGGAGCCUGGAGUAGCAGUAGAAGAGGCGGGAGUAAGAGCUGAGAGAAGCACAGAGGAGGCCAGGCGUGGGGGGAGAUGGUGGAGAUGAAGGGAAAUAACAGAACUGGACAAGAAAGGAG